UUCGAGUAAAAUAUUCAAACAUUUCAGCUCUGAUUAAUCAAACCCAAAUGCAAACGAUUUCAAUAAUUCCACGUUCUCUCAGAUCCCAAAGAAUAUAUUACAACUCAGAUUCAACUGCCACCUCCUUUUUCUUCUUCAUCUUUAUAAUUCUUCUAGCUUCAGCCCAAGAUUUCUCGAGAGCUUUUGAUCCAUGGCGUCUCUUAGUUUGACUCAGCUCAGGGGCAAGAACUCGGUGCCCGAGUUCGCCAGGACUCGGCCAAGGACGAGCUGGGCUCGCCCCGGUAGAGUUGGGUUCAAGGUGUUUGCGUCGUCGGAGGCUCAGGCUGAGCCCGAUCUUGGCGUGACUGUCAAUGGGUUGCAUAUGCCUAACCCGUUCGUUAUUGGGUCGGGUCCGCCGGGGACUAACUACACCGUCAUGAAGAGGGCAUUUGAUGAGGGCUGGGGUGCUGUGAUUGCCAAAACUGUGUCACUAGAUGCUGCCAAAGUUAUAAAUGUGACCCCUCGGUAUGCCCGUCUACGAGCAGGAGCAAAUGGCUCAGCCAAAGGACAAAUUAUUGGGUGGGAGAACAUAGAACUUAUAAGCGAUCGGCCUCUUGAAAUUAUGUUGAAAGAAUUCAAGCAAUUAAAAGAAGAGUAUCCGGAUAGGAUUCUCAUUGCUUCAAUUAUGGAGGAGUAUGACAAAGCUGCUUGGGAGGAACUUAUUGACAGAGUUGAGCAAACUGGAAUUGAUGCCUUAGAAAUCAAUUUCUCAUGUCCCCAUGGUAUGCCAGAGCGCAAAAUGGGUGCUGCAGUUGGGCAAGAUUGUGCCCUUUUAGAAGAGGUUUGUGGAUGGAUAAAUGCGAAAGCUACAGUUCCUGUUUGGGCAAAGAUGACUCCUAACAUCACUGAUAUAACACAGCCAGCUAGGGUGGCUCUUGCAUCAGGAUGCGAAGGGAUAGCUGCUAUUAACACAAUCAUGAGUGUAAUGGGAAUAAAUCUCGACACCUUACAUCCAGAGCCUUGUGUUGAGGGAUACUCAACUCCCGGGGGCUACUCUUCAAAGGCAGUUCAUCCUAUUGCUCUUGCAAAAGUGAUGAGUAUUGCAAAAAUGAUGAAGUCAGAAUUUGGUGAUAAGGACUUGUCGCUUUCUGGUAUUGGAGGUGUUGAGACGGGUGGUGAUGCUGCAGAAUUCAUUCUUCUUGGAGCAGAUACUGUUCAGGUAUGUACUGGGGUUAUGAUGCAUGGUUAUGGCCUUGUGAAGAAGCUAUGUGCUGAGUUGAAGGAUUUUAUGAAAGCACACAAUUUCUCUUCCAUUGAAGAUUUCAGGGGGGUUUCUCUUCAGUAUUUUACAACUCACAUGGAUUUGGUACAAAGGCAACAAGCAGCUAUUAAACAGAGGAAAGCUACAAGGAAAGGUUUACAGUCUGACAAAGAUUGGACUGGAGAUGGCUUUGUGAAAGAGAGUGAGAGCAUGGUUUCUAACUGAGUUGUUGUAUAUAGCAGAUCAAAACCCUUCUCCCCCUUGGAUGAUCAAAGAAUAAAUGGUGCCUUCUUUUCUUUAGAUUCGAGAAAAGAACUGCCCUAUAUGAAUAAUUGACUUGCUAAUGUAAGAACUUUUCUCA